AUAGCCUUCCCCCGUCUCCUCUCAGAAACAGCCUAUCUCCAUCUCCUCCUUCUAAACCCUAGUGAAGUCAGGGAUCAAAAUAUUAAUAAAAAAGAAAAAGAAGGGAGGCGAAAAUGCUGCCGACCAUCUCCCUUUCCUUCUCCUCCUCAAUCUUUCUCAAACCCCUCCAGCUUCCCCGUGGCCUCUCGACCUCCCCCUCGACCCUUGUGAAAAAAUCGGGCGUCCGGUCUGAGCUCGCCACCCUCCCCGUCCUCUCCUUCUCCGGCGAGAAGGUGGGCGAGGCCUUCCUCGACCUGAAGGCCGCCCCUCCGUCCACCGCCCGCGCCGUCGUCCACCGCGGCCUCAUCACCGAUCAGCAGAACGCCCGCUGCGGCACCGCCUCCACCCUCACCCGCGGCGAGGUCCGGGGCGGUGGCAAGAAGCCCUACCCCCAGAAGAAGACCGGCCGCGCCCGCCGCGGCUCCCAGCGCACCCCGCUCCGCCCCGGAGGCGGUGUCAUCUUUGGCCCCAAGCCCCGGGACUGGUCUAUCAAGAUCAACCGCAAGGAGAAGCGCCUCGCCCUCUCCACUGCCAUCGCCAGCGCCGCCACUGCCGACGCCUUCGUCGUGGAGGACUUCGGGGACCAAUUCCUAGGGGGCCCUAAGACCCGGGACUUUGUGGCGGCCAUGAGGAGAUGGGGGCUGGACCCCAAGAAGAAGUCCAUGUUCCUGAUGAUGGAGGUGCCGGACAACGUCCGCCUCUCCUGCAGGAACAUUGGGACCCUCAAGAUGCUCACGCCCAGGACGCUGAACCUGUUCGAUGUCCUUAACUCGGAAAAGCUGGUCUUCACCAAGGAGUCUCUCGACUAUCUCAAUGCUGUGUACGGGGACUCUGGCAGCAGCGAAGAGGACGAUGCGGAAGAAAAGCAAGUGCUUGUUGCAGGAGAUGAAGAUGAUGUAGGAGAUGAAAGUUUAUAAGCAAUGAAAAGUUGUGUUCUUUGGAAACCUUCAAUCACAUGGCUUCUUUAUGUUCUGAUUUUUGGCCUACAUUGCUGAAGUUGGCAGCCAUAAAAAAACAAUAUGAUGUAGAAUGUCCAUUGUCAGACAUUAUGUCUCGGUGCUUUAUACAUGUUGUUGCAAUGUUUAAUAUAAAGUUUGCUGUCGCAUUCUCUGCAGUUCAUAUGUGUACUGAGGCUUUAACUAGUAAAUAAACUCAUACCAACUUCACAUC